AUGGGUCAAAAGCCCAGCAGCCCGUUGGCUACCUGUCUCGACAAGGUCUGCGAUGGAAGGUCGUCUUGCGUUGGCUACCCAAGCGAUCCUCUGUUCCAGAUCAACUGGGUGAAGCCGUACAACCUUGAUAUCCCCGUCAAGCCCAUCGCUGUCACCAAGCCGUCGACCAAGGAAGAUGUGGCCGGCUUCGUCAAGUGUGCGGCUGACAACAGCGUGAAGGUACAGCCCAAGUCAGGCGGGCAUUCCUAUGCCAACUUCGGCUUGGGUGGCACCGAUGGCGCCCUGGUCAUCGACCUCGCCAACUUUCAACACUUCUCCAUGGACACAGAUACCUGGCAGGCAACCAUCGGCGGAGGCCACAAGUUGCACGACGUGACCGAAAAGCUGCACGACAACGGGAAACGUGCCAUGUCCCACGGCACAUGUCCGGGAGUGGGCAUCGGAGGCCAUGCCACCAUCGGCGGUCUGGGUCCGAGUUCACGAAUGUGGGGGAGCUGUCUUGACCACGUUCUCGAGGUCGAGGUCGUCACCGCAGACGGCAAGAUCCAGCGCGCAAGCGAGACGCAGAAUUCGGACCUCUUCUUCGCUCUCAAGGGCGCCGGCGCCGGCUUCGGCGUCAUCACCGAGUUCGUCGUCAAGACCCACCCUGAGCCCGGCGACGUGGUGCAGUACUCCUAUGCCGUCACCUUCGCCCGCCACCGCGACCUCGCCCCCGUCUUCAGGCAAUGGCAGGACCUCAUCACCGACCCGGAUCUCGAUCGCCGAUUUAGUAGCGAGUUUGUCAUGCAGGAGCUCGGAGUUAUCAUCUCUGCAACCUUCUACGGCACGGAGGAUGAAUUCAAGAAGACGGGCAUCCCCGACCGCAUGCCAGCCGGGAAGGUAUCUGUGGUGGUCAAUGAUUGGCUCGGCGAUGUCGCGCAGAAGGCACAAGAUGCGGCCCUGUGGUUGAGCGAGGUCCAGUCCCCAUUCACGGCCAAGAGCCUCGCCUUCACCCGCGAUGACCUCCUACCUGAGCAAGGCAUUCAAGAUCUGAUGAACUACAUCGACGGAGCCGAUCGCGGCACUCUCAUCUGGUUCCUCAUCUUCGACGUCACAGGAGGCGCCAUCAACGACGUACCCAUGAACGCAACCGCCUACCGCCACCGCGACAAGAUCAUGUUCUGCCAAGGCUACGGCGUCGGUCUGCCCACUCUCAGUAAGAAAACCAAGGACUUCAUGGCCGGCGUCGCGUCAACGAUCCGCAAGGCGAGCCCGAACGACCUGAGCACGUACGCUGGCUACGUGGACCCGACGCUGGACGAUGCGCAGGAGAAGUACUGGGGGACGAACCUACCUACGCUCGAACGCAUCAAGGCCGCGUGGGACCCGAAGGACGUCUUCUCGAAUCCGCAGAGCGUACGCCCCAACGCCAACGCAAAGGACGCUGAGCCCAAGGCCAGCGAUCCUCAGCCAUCAUCACCUUCAAGCUAG